UUCUCUUCGGUUGUCGCUGACUUCUCUGAGUGCAGUUAUUUACGUCGUCAUUGUUUUGUUACUACUUUGUCGUUGCUGUUGUUGUUGUUAUAGUUGUUGUUGCCACCACAUUAUAUGGCUGUUAUUAUAUUUCGUUUUCCUUCUCCUUCAUUACUAUUUGUUCGUUGGCAUUCUUUCUGGUUUCAAAAAUUUUGAGGAGUUAAAGUUGUGCAUUGAGCAGAUUGAGUUGUUGUUGUUGGUAUUGUUGGUAUUGUUGUUUUCAUCGUAACUAUCUGCUAGACGGAACAUUUUUGUAGAAUCAGCAGGAGGCAGAUAGCUGUUGUGCGAAUCUGUGGCACAGAAGGAAUCACUUGUGCGCGCGCCAUCGCAUUGAACGGUUGUAAUCGUUCCAUUUCAUGUGCCAUAAUUGCUGUGUAUAGCAUCUACAAAACGAACGCUCGGUAGGAUCGUUAAGUUGAAUUACUAUCAUAUAUUAUAGUGUCGCUUUCUAUAGCAAAAAUAAGUUAAAUUAAUUAACACUUUUACUCUUGUGACUGCAGAUCAAUGCGGCCAGUUGCGCGCUAUUCAAUACUAGUGAAAAAUAAUAUUAUAUAGAUCUUUUUAUUGAGUGGUAAUAGUGAAACAAAAAACAAUUUUGAAUUUAAAAAUUUAAUUUCAUGUCAUAAGUUGGCUUAAAAAAACUAAAUUUAACAAAUAAUUCUGAAAAAACUGAAGUGAUCUGAAGAGAGAUAUCGCAGGACUCGGCUGAUAACAAACAUCAUGUUUGCACUAUAUAUGUAUCUAAUUAUAUGCUAGACAGUAUUUUGGUGAAAAAUUGUUCGGUAGUUCAAAAAUGAAAUUGGAAAUUAGCGCGCCAAUUAAUCAUAACGGGAAAACUUUAAAUUUUAAAGAUAUUAAUGGAUCAUCAGUACAAACAGCAAAUACCACCAUCAGUCAGGGAAACAAUACUUUCCCUACUGCUGCCACCGUGGAUUACGUAAAUUAUGAUUAUCCGCAACCAUCUAAACGUGGUCGUGGCUAUGCGCCAACGGGUGAAUUUGAUUUGAGUCUUAUACGCGAAUUUCGCGCACGUCCAGGUUUUUAUGAUCGUAAUUCUCCAAUAUUCAAGGAUAAAUUGCAAACAGCACAUCAAUGGCAGGAGAUUUCGAACAAUUUGGGUUACGAUGUUUCCUUGCUGAAGGAUCGCAUGCUACAGCUACGAAACCGUUACAAUUUAGAGAAACGCCGACUUGAGCAGCUGCGCGAUGAAAAUCCUGGCCAACAUAUAGACUCGCCAUGGCCGUUAUUUAAACAUUUGCACUUCCUCUCCGAACACAUAAGGCCGCGACGUUCUUAUAAAAGCAUGCAACCGCGCACAUCGCUUGCUGAUACUGGUGAUGAAGAUGAACAACAGCAGCAACAACAACCGCUGUUGCAGCAUGAACAACAUCUAGAGCCGUUGCAACAACAACAGCAAAGUGAACUACAGUUUGAUCCACAACAAAUGCAACAACAGCAAAAUAUGUCAAUCGCCGGCGGCGACAGGCAUGAUUCUUUGAGUGAUGGCGGCGGUACUGGUAAUGGAGAUUUAUCAGCCUUUGCGAAUGGUAUACUAACGGUUAAAAUGGAAGAACCAGAUGGUGAUGAUGCGAAUAUAGCAGAUGCUGAAUCUGGUAGCCAAAGUGGUGAGGACACACGCAGAGGACAUCCCCUGAAGUUAAGUGCCGCUUCCACUUUACUCAGCAUGCAACAACGUCAACCACAUUCCAAAUUGCCAUUUGCUAAAACAACACAUCCAUCAUCAUCAUCAUCGUUGUCCCUAAAUAAGCGUACGUCAAAAUAUAUUGCUACACCGGCUGCAAUGCCGCCAUCAAUUAAAAUACGACGCUUGGACACCAUGCAAGAACGUGCCGGUGUUCUACAUUUACAACCACGUCCUAACAUUCCUCAAAAUAACAAUUUCAAUAAUUCCAAUCAUAAUAUUGAAAACAUGAAUAGCAAAAGCAAUGCGCUACGACAAAAGGAAGCAGCUACGGUAUUGGCACCACGACCUGCAUACAAUUUACAAGUGAAUCGGCGCUGUUUAACCAAUUCUGAACAAAAGUAUGCCGCGUUUGGUGACUUUGUAUCAUCUUCAUUACUGGAACUACCCGCCACAUGCGCCCUACAGUUGGUGGAGAAGUUCACUUCGGAAGUGGUGCGUGUACUGUUGAAUAGCAAAGAGAAAAAUGCACAAGACGCUAGUGGUGAUGGCGGAGUAGCUCAACCAAGUGCAAUUCAGCCGAUAACACCGUUGCCUAGUACACAACAAUUGCAACAAAUUAAUGGCGUUGGUGUUGGUGAAACAGUGAAUGGCGUUUAAAUGUAGUACAUACAUACAUACGUACAUAGUACGUAAAUAGCUCUUACGUAUUUUAACAGAAAGAAUAUACAUAUACCAUUUAAAUAUCUUAAGUUAUUUUUUUUUUUAAUGAAUUGACUGUCUUUAAUGUGUUUUCCUACUUGUAAUGUUUUUCUGUUUUAAGUUAUUUCUUACAGUAAUAUAUUUGUGCGCAUAAUUUUAGAUCCGCUUGUAUGUGAAAUAAAGUUUUCCGCAUGUGCUUUUAAUGAAGUAAA